AUGGACAAAGAUGAGAAAGAGAGAGGCAACCAGCAGAGGAGGGACAAUGAGCUGCUGCACGGCUGCAGAACUUUGGAAACUGGUGGUGUUCCUGUGGGUUUUCUCUUAGACUUCAUCUCUUUCCCUGUAAUAAAAGGCUUCACUUGUGCUGCUGCAGAAACCAUUGGCCUUGGCCAAGUCAAGAAUAUUCUGGGGCUGCAGGGCGUUCCCCACCAGUUCUACCUGGAGGUUUACUACACCUUCUCCAAGAUCCCAGAGGCCAGGAUCGGAGACGUGGUCCUGGGUCUGCUGUGUCUCACACUGCUGGUCAUGUUGAUGUUCAUGAAGACGGGUUUGGGCUCUGACGAUGCGCCCCGCUAUCCCAGACUCUCCAGGAAACUAGUGUGGGCUGUUGCUACAAUGCGUAACGCUCUGGUGGUCGUGGCUGCCUCCAUCAUAGUGUUUUCGUGGGAUGCAUACGGUUAUCACGUGUUCACAAUCACUGGGAAAACCUUCCAGGGGCUCCCGCCAUUCAGGCCCCCACCCACCUCAGACACUACAGCCAACGGCACCGUCGUCUCCUUUGGAGAGAUCGUAGAGGAUUUUGGAGGAGGGCUCUCUGUGAUUCCCCUCAUGGGUCUGUUGGAGAGCAUCGCUAUUGCCAAAGCUUUUGCCAGUCAGAACGACUACAGGAUUGAUGCCAACCAGGAGCUGCUGGCAAUUGGUGUGACCAACAUCAUGGGCUCCUUUGUGUCAGCGUACCCUGUCACCGGCAGCUUUGGGAGGACAGCAGUGAACUCCCAGACUGGUGUGUGUUCUCCUGCUGGAGGGAUCAUCAUCAGUGUGAUCGUGUUGCUCUCUCUGGCGUUCCUCAUGCCGGCCUUCUACUACAUCCCCAAAGCUUCUCUGGCUGCUGUGAUCAUCUGUGCGGUUGCUCCCAUGGUGGAUUACCAUGUCGUGCUUAAGAUGUGGAGGAUACGCAAGCUGGACCUGCUGCCUUUUGUCGUGACAUUCCUGUUGAGCUUCUGGCAGGUGCAGUACGGUAUUAUCGGAGGUGUGGCUGUAUCUGGAGUCCUGCUGCUGUACAACACGGCCAGACCCCAAAUAAAGGUGUCUGAUCACGGUGCACUAGUGAUGGAGUUGAGCAGUGGACUAAGUUUUCCAGCCACAGAGUAUCUCAGCCACAUUAUACACACCCACGCUCUGAAAGCGUCUCCUCCGCGCUCAGUGGUCCUGGACUGCCAUCACGUCAGCAUCAUAGAUUACACGGUGAUCAGCGAGCUCAGGGACGUGCUGAGACAGUUCAAACAACGAGACGUGCAACUGAUCUUUUCCAGAUUACAGCCCUCUGUUCUGGAGGUUCUCUUAGCGGCUGAUCUGGAGGGCCUCAGGUACACGGAGAGUGUGGAGGCGGCGGUGCUGCGAGUGGAGCCAGGACGCCUCCUGGAUGACUGA